CUUCCAUUUAUUUGUGUUUCAUAUACACGAAAAAUUAUGUAUCCCAUCGGGGCCUCACUUUCCCUCAUAAACAAAUGAACAAGGUGUAAAUGGACAAGUCUUGAGAAAGGGGGUCCCGGUGAGAACGCCAUUAUGACAGACAUUGAGAAUUAUGAAUUCUCUGUGGACUUCCAGACAGCAGGAACUAAAGAACUGGGCUUCCUUACAACGAUAGACGAAUAUCCGUCCCUGUAUGGAGGACCUAUCCUCAAAUACGCCAUAUUCAGGUAUGAGACACUGUGGUUGCCAUUCGCUGCAGAACAUAAGGAUCUGACUCUGACUGCCCCACUAGACAUUGCAUGGGUGUGGCAUUGUCAUUUACUAGCUCCUGUGGCGUACAUCAACGAUUGUCUGCGGACCUGUAAUACUGAAGUCAACCACAGCCUAACACCUACUGUAGACGCCGCGGGUACAGAGCAGCUAUGGUCCAAGAAAUACCCGGAUGUUAAUUUCAAUGUGAAUCUCGUCGAAACGGGAAUCAAACCACCUUCAUACGAAUCUUGCAUUCAAUAUGACUUGGAAGCGGCAGCAGGAAGACAGAAAAUGUUCUACUAUCAGGUAUCCCUGCCUCAUUAUACUGAUGAAAUGUUUCUUCAAAACGCUAUAAAGCGGUACAAGCAAUUUCUAACAUUAAAGCGUCUAAAUCCAGAAUCUUUUGUUGUUCCGUGCUAUGAUGUUGACUUAAUUUGGCAUUCACAUCAAGUUCACCCGGUAGGUUAUAAAAAAGAUACAGAAACUCUUCUAGGGAAACUGUUUAACCACGAUGAUUCUGUCAAUGAUAGGAGAGAAGGAUCAAAACUCGUAGUCUCUGAUAAGGAGACACGAAUGUUAUGGCGGGAAGCUUUUGGAACGAACUUUUCAGAAUUCGGUGCCAUGUACAGAGGAAAACCACCGAAAGGUCAUCUGUUCACUGUUUCCAGCAAAGUCAUUGACCAACACUGUUCCAAGCAUAUAGAACUUCAAUUAAACAAAGCAGAAAUUUUAGACUACACGUCUUCUUUGAAAGUUCAUCAACUGAAACUUAGUGCAGUGUUCAGAAAUGGAGUAGAUAUAGAACUUUUGAAGAUAAAGAAGCAUGUCCAGGGUGUAUGGAGCACAUCUUCCCACAAUAUGCCUAUGUAUGAUAUUGACACAGAGAUGGUUGAAUCCAUCAAUGUCGAACUUUUCAGGUACGGCGCUCUGGGGAAAUUUGGAAGUAAAAGCUUAGUUGGAAGUGGCAGAGUAACUUGUAGAGAAGUAUUGCAGGAUUGUAAAAAGCGUUCAUCAGAAGUGUCUUCAACUGUGCGUUUAUCUAACGGAGAAUCCAUUGAUCUUCAUCACACGAUCAAGAUUACAGAAUCUAGAGACUGUGCCUUGAAGCUGGAGGCGGGAAACUUUGAGAUGGCCAUCAUUCCCGAACACAACGAAGACCUCUGGGGACCUAUGCCUCUACCGCGCCUUCCUGAAGGAGUGGACAACAGUUGUUCUGUGGCAAAUCACAGAAUACGAAACGCAGACGGCGAAGUGAUGUUCACAGCACGCGUAAUACAUAGUUUGUCUUUGAUGACGUCAGUGGUUCACGUGUAUUAUCACGAUAAAUUGAGUGUCGUCUGCCACUUGAUAGGCCCUGACACCUUACCAACGCCAGCGCAGGUUCAGUCCUCUGCGGAGAAUCCCCCAAUUACCCUCUCACCACAAAAAGGAGAACGAGCUAUGAUAAUAAAGAAUAACGAUGGCGACUGGGCUAUAUUAGUUGGACGCUGGACAGGCGUCAGGAAGGGUGUACCGGGGGUGAAAGCCACCAAAUAUAAAGCAGGCAGAGCACCAAUACGAGGAAGUCCAGGCCACUUAGAGGUCACGAUGUAUAGAUUACCUACUGGGGAGCGUUCGAUACUUGAACUUGACAGUGAACAAUUCCGCUACUAUGAUUUCACAGUCAAAUUUCACGGUUUUGUAGCAGAUUUUUCCAAAUGUACAAUUAAUAUCUCUCCAACAGAUGGAGCCGAAAAUCUUGCGCUGGUAUUUUGUAUUAGUGUUUUGCAAGUACUUUGUCAACCCAGACCGCCAGAUUGGGAACCAGUCAAGGAAACUACGCUAGACAUGCCUGCGUAUGUUAGCAGGAAGAAAGAAUUUCCGGUAGACAAACUAGCUUUGGUCAUGGCUUUUGGAUUCCAAAUUUGUUCACCAUCAAAUCAUCUGCUAAGAAAGCACUUCAAGAAAAAGAAAGAAGAUAAGGAGCAUGUGACGCCCGUUUAUGCUGGUGGCACUGUGAGUGAGCCAAUGCAUUCAUCUGAUACUCCUUUCAAUGAGCCAGAUGUUUACGACGACGAUGACAAUGACGAUGAUAAAGAGGUUGACCAGUGGGAGGCAGCAAUGUUUUGUUGUAAAGAUGAGGAUUUUGAAAAUAUGUUGGCAGAUGAAGAUGGUGAUGAUGGGAAUGUGGACACUGCUGAUGGCGAUCCAGGAGGAUGUGGUGGUUGUGGUGGCUGUGGAGGGGGCGACGGGCAUGGGGGAGAAGAAAGUGGUGGUGGCUGGGAUGGAGACACUGGAGGAUACGGCGGGGAUGAUGGUGGUGGUGGUGGCUGGGGUGGAGAUACAGGAGGAGAUGAUGGUGGCGGUGGAUGGGGAGGUGACAGUGGGGGCGGCGGUGAUGGAGGGGGAUGGGGUGGUGAUUCAGGGGGAGGGGAUGGUGGUGGUGGGGGAGAUGGGGGAGGUUGUGGUGGAGGCUGUGGUGGUUGUGGGGGUUAA